UGUUAUUUUUCUCUUGAGCUCAGUGGAGGAACGGACAGUAUCUACUAGUUUAAAUUAGAGGACAGCCAGAGCAAAGAAUACACUCAGCCCUUUCAAUAUGCUGAUGAUGAAGAAUCAACACUUAUCUAACAGGAGCAGUGAAGUGUAGCAGACAGGAUGGACAGAAGAAAAUAAGACGUAUCAGAGAGAGGAAGCUACCUGUGGACUAAGGUCUCGUGUUUUUUAGAGAAUAGAGAUCAGAAUGAAACUUAUAGACAUGGCACAUGAAAAAAACAGUCUUUGGAUCUUUGGCUACGGAUCUUUAGUUUGGAAGCCGGAUUUUGCUUAUAAAAGACGGAAAGUUGGUUACAUUAAAGGAUACAAGAGACGGUUCUGGCAUGGGGAUGAUUUCCAUCGAGGGGAUAAAGAGAAGCCAGGCAGAGUUGCCACACUAGUAGAAGAUGAGGAGGCCUGCACAUGGGGCGUUGCCUACGAAGUGCCAGAGUCCCACAUGGAGGAGUCCCUUCAGUACCUCAACGUCAGGGAGGUUAUGAUGGGAGGAUACAUAACAGAAAUUGUGGAAUUUGUUCCUAAAGAGAAGAGCCACACUCCUCUGCUGGCUCUGGUCUACAUUGCCACAUCGGACAACCCCAUCUACCUUGGUCCAGCCUCAGAUGUGGAGAUUGCAGCCCAAAUUUCAAUUUCCAGUGGAAAAACGGGCCACAAUAUCGAAUAUCUGCUCCGGCUGGCAGAGUUUAUGAGACUGUGCUGUCCGGAGGUGGAGGACGAGCACCUUUUCUCCAUCGAGGCAGCUCUUUUAAAGAUCUUCCCACAUGGAGAGAUCACACUCUCAGCUCAAAAAGCUCUCUAACGGUGACCUUAAAUGAUAGCACACAGGACUUAUAUUACUUUUUAAUUAUUUAAGGUAUUUGGUGCUAUAAAAAAAUGAAAGGAUUUCAUGUGAAAAAAAUCCUAUUUUUGUUGGUAAUAAGAAAGACUGACUACAAGGGUCUGCAGUGAACACUUGUUUUCCUUAAAAAAAACCCUAACAUAAUUACUUCUUUUAAAUUUGUGUUUAAGCACUUUUAAAAAUGUACUUUUAAGUAUAUUUGAAUAAAAAUGUUGCAUUUUUAAUGAAGGUAAUUGUUUUCAGCCUUUUCUUUUAUCAUAAAAAGCAUAGACUACAACAUGCUAUUCUGACUUUUUCUCUUGUAGUGUGUCUGUGGACAAGGAAAAAAGUUUUUAAAGUUACAAUUGUGUUUAUUUUUUUUAUUGUGUUCGCUGGACUCUUAAAGAAAGCAUAUCAGUGAGUUAAAGGGAAGUUAAAAAACUAGUCAAGAUUAGGUCCUUUGAGAUUGUGAAAGGGGUUAAAGGCUGCAUGAUAUGCACUUGUAGGGAUAUAGAAAGAUAAAUUUUUUUAACUGGUGAUGUGUCAAGUGCAAAAAGGAUUGCAAAGCAUUGAUAUCCUUUUAAUUUUUUCUUGAUUUGUCACUUUACAACCACACAUUUCAAUGUAUUAAUGUGGAUUUUAUGCGAUUGACCAAUGCAAA